UGCCCAAACCGUCCCGUACGCAGCCUGUGUCCCUCGUAAGGAUACGGACUCGGUCCUGGUGCCGGAAAAUCCUCUCUGCAGGACAUCUCGUUCAUUUCGCGUCGGACCGUAGACGUAUCUAUUACGGAACCCGCAGCGAGCGUAGAGCGUCGACUACACGAGUUUUCCGAAGUACGGGAAGUCGGGUAUGUGUCCGUGAACAGGACUAAGGACAAUGCUUUGUGAAUUGCGGAGGCUCCGCGUCCUUUGGGGAUUUCUGUUUGUAACAGGAUGCCUCGCCCUAAAGGACCUGAAGAUCUACGUCCCAACAGCUGUCAUUAGAGGUCACGACGCCAUCUUGAACUGCACUUACGACCUCGAAGGCGACGACCUCUACUCCGUCAAAUGGUACAGACAUGGAAGAGAGUUCUUCAGGUAUACACCGAAAGACGAGAAACCCAUAAAACAGUUCAAAAUAACCGGUCUAAGUUUGGACGUUCGAGAACAGGACUCAACUGCUACUAGUGUUGUUUUGAUGAACGUUGAUCAGGACAUAAGUGGGGUUUAUAGUUGUGAAGUGACAGCAGAUCAACCCUCUUUCUUUACAGACAUGAAGAAGUCGCAUUUAGAGGUGGUGGAAUUGCCAAGGACAGACCCUCACAUCAGUGGUUUCAAGACCAAAUAUCGCAUAAAUGAGACAUUGAGGGCGAAUUGUUCUUCAGCUUCUUCGUAUCCUGCUGUGAAUCUAACCUGGUAUGUCAACGAUAAGGCUGUUGAUCCUGCGAAGGUCAAAAAGCACACUAGGGUGCAUUCUGAUGGUUAUUUUCAAAGCGCCGACUCGAUCCUAAGGCUGAAGAUCCACAAGGAGCUGUUUCCACGGGGCCGGCUCAAGAUCAGAUGUGUGGCCGCUUUACAUGACGUCUACUACCGUAGCUCGGAGAAGAGUGCUGAGCUGGAGAAGAAGAAGCAUAGGGAACAUUAUUACUUUCAUGAGACAACCACGUCUUGGCCUUUGGUGCAGUGGGGGUUUGUGCCGCAGGCGUCGGAGAGGCAUCCUGCUGACACAACUUUGAUUUUCGAAACUAGACAACGUCCUCCUAAUGCCAGCUCACGGAUGCAAUGCAGACUCUCAACAUUCCUAAUCAAAUCUAUAAUUUCAGUGCUACUGCUUCGGUGAUUCCAACAAAAAUCUUCUGACGUGGCAUUCCCCACAAAUUUGAUGUGAUAUUUAGCAUGGAAUACGUUCAAUAAUAUUAACUAUAUAUUUAAAAUACAUUCAAAUCCAAUUGUAUAUAAGAUGAUUAUAUGAUGAGGAUAUAGCUUCAAUUUUUUAUGAAAUAAAUGAAGGACGGACUAGUCGAAAGAAUGAAAAAAUACGAAUUAAUAUAUUGAAAAUACAUUCAAGAGCUAUAAUUUAUAUUGAUAAUUGCAAUAUAUUGGACGAGAUGGAUUGACUUAAAUUGAAUGUUAAACUUUGUAUUGUUAUUAUUAAUUUUAUUCUUCCUUUUAUAUGAAUGAAUUAUUCAGUUCUUCAAUGUAAAAGAACACUUGACUGCAAUUUUAUAAUAAAAAUAUUCAAAUUAAAUCGUUUAUAUGUUAAAUGAAGAAUUCUACUUUUGUAGGUGCCAAAUAGAGAUUCUUCAUUUUUAUUUUAGUUCAUAAGUUUCAAAUAUAGGGCAAACUAAGCUGAGUGUUCAACUUUUUUUUUAAUAUUUCAUUGCAGGGUUUGCUUUUUUGUCACCAAGUUGUAUAAACACUGUAAAAUUCUUUUAUUUUAUUAGUGAAAUGUUUUAGUACAAUUAUUGUUAUGAAUUGAAUAUUUCUGUGAAUGAUUAAAGAUAUUUUACAAUA